CAUCUCAUCCUUUAAAAAAAAGCAAAAAACAAACAAACACUUGACACAUCUCAUGCAAUAUAUAUACUCACGUAUAACCUCAUCUUUCUGAUAUAUCCACCUAGCCAAAUUACACAUGAUGAGUUGCCCAAGCACUUGGCCAGAACCCAUUGUACGAGUCCAACUAUUGUCGGAAGCCGGGUACCCGGUGAUCCCAAAUAGAUAUGUUAAGCCAAUAUCCGAACGACCAUCUUUUGACACAAAGUCAAACAACUUAAACAUUCCUAUAAUUGAUCUUUUCGGAUUGAUAAAUGGUGAUAGAGCAAGCCAAAAGGUCAUAAUGGACCAAAUCUCCUUGGCGUGUCGUGAGUGGGGUUUCUUUCAAGUAGUGAAUCAUGGAAUCGACCCUGAACUAGUCGACGGGGCUCGAGAAGUUUGGAGGAAGUUUUUUCAUCAACCUAUGGAUGUGAAGCAAAAAUAUGCAAACUCACCAAAGACUUAUGAAGGGUAUGGGAGUCGUUUAGGGCUCCAAAAGGGUGCGAUCCUUGAUUGGAGUGAUUAUUAUUUCCUUCACUAUCUUCCUUCAAAUCUUAAGGAUCAUAACAAGUGGCCUUCACAACCAAGUUACAUAAGGGACAUAACAGAAGAUUACUCGAAGGAAAUUGUGAGGCUAGGGAAGGUCUUGCUAAAGGUAUUCUCGACAAAUCUAGGACUACAAGAAAAUUACCUUCAAGAUGCAUUUGGUGGUGAUGACAUCGGGGCAUGCUUGAGAGUGAACUUUUAUCCAAAAUGCCCACAACCCGACUUGACCCUAGGACUAUCAUCUCAUUCGGACCCGGGUGGGAUGACCUUCCUACUCCCAGACGAGGAUGUUAGCGGGCUCCAGGUCCGAAAAGCUGGUGAGUGGAUCACAGUGAAACCGGCCCGACAUGCAAUUGUUGUCAACAUCGGAGAUCAAAUCCAGGUUUUAACCAAUGCUACAUAUAAGAGUGUGGAGCACAGGGUGAUUGUAAACCCAGAUAAAGAGAGAGUGUCAUUAGCUUAUUUCUUCAAUCCGAAAAGUGAUUUGCUUAUUAAGCCAGCAACCGAGCUUGUUACAUUGACGACACCCGCGCUUUACCAACCGAUGACUUUUGAUGAAUAUAGACUUUUCAUUCGAACCAAAGGUCCACAAGGAAAAUCCCAAGUUGAGUCUUUAAAAUCUCCUAGAUAAUCGACUUCAUGUCUCAGUUUCAUGAUUAUAUUAUGAUGUGUAUCGUACUUUCUUGUAAUUGUUAUUUACGUGUUAAAUCUGUAAUCAAGGGGUAGAAGACUAUUGAUCGUUA